UUACAUGUUGUCAUAUUUGGAAGCAGGCAAAGAAAGAAGCGGUAACUUCCGGUAGAAGAGAGGCGAGGAACACUUUCAGUUUCGGUCUUCGGUCCUGUACAUAUGCGCUGUAUGUAUUUGCUUAGUCGUAUGGCUUAUUAUUAAUUUAACACACAACUUUAGACUUUUGCGGUUUAAAAUGGCAGACGAUGGAAUCGACUACAAUAUCGUGUUUCCCGACGCAGAGACUUCCGAGGCACAUUGGCAGGAAACAAAAGAGCCAGUGGUGAUAUUGCUGGGGUGGGCAGGCUGCAAAGACAAACAUCUCACCAAGUACAGCGCCAUCUACAACGAACAGGGAUGCGUCACUAUCCGCUACACGGCUCCUCUCAAGACAGUCUUCAUCUCGGAGUCGUUCGGAUACAAGGAACUGAAAAGCACAGCCCUCAAGUUGCUGGAGAUCCUCUACGACUACGAGGUGGAACACAGUCCUAUUUUCUUCCAUGUGUUUAGUAAUGGCGGCUUUAUGCUGUACAGAUACAUUGUGGAGCUCCUCCACAAGGACCAACAGUUUAGUUCUCUGUGUGUUGUCGGGGCCAUUGUGGACAGCGCCCCCGAUAGCGGGAACGUCCUCGGCGCUGUAAGGGCGCUGACCGUCACUUUGGGGCCGAAAGUAAGUCCCGUUUUGAAGUACCUCCUGCUCGCGCUCUUCGCAGUGGCUGUCUUCCUGUUACGAGUGGUGCUUUACCCGUUGACAAAGUACGUGCACAAGAACCACUACGACGCCGUGCGAGAGAGGCCGCCCACUUGGCCCCAUUUCUUCCUGUAUUCCUCAGCCGAUCAGGUCAUCAGGCCGAGCGACAUUCGUCUCUUUGUGGACACAUUGCGUUCCAAAGGCGUCCAAGUGGACGCGUGUGAUUUCGUGUCCAGCGCGCAUGUCCGUCACUUAUGGGAAUGGCCGGAGCGGUACCCGGGCAAGUGUCGGGACUUCCUCACGUCUUGUAUGAAGGACACGGACACGAGGAGAAGACACCGGCUGCAGGAUCACUGAAGAAUCGUUUCGUGGUCAUUUACUCCCAAAACAGUUGAAUCGAUUGAGUCGGAGAUGGAGUCGUUUGCCACUCAAGUGCUUUUUGAACAAAUCAGGUAGUCGCUACACUCUGGAUUAAUGUGACCUAAGGUGAUAAGAAGUUAUAGGAAGGUACAGCAGAAGACAGCUAUUUUUUUUUUAAGUAAAUAGAUUUAAGCCGUUCAAUGGGAAUGUUUAUUUUCCGUAGUCAUCUUCCGGAAAGGAAAAAUUCACACACAUCAGCUUUGCUUCAUCUGGCCCACGGCACAUUCUAAAAGUAUCAUUUAGCAAAAAAACACACAAAAAAGUGGAAAAAACUGCUGUAAAUUACCAAAAGUAAAGUCCUUCCUGCUGUAUGUAUUUAAAAAAAGUAGUAAUUUUAUCGGAAUAACAUCGUAAUACUAAGACCAACAUACCGUAUUAGCAUCAAGUUGAAACAUGGACUCCUCACAAAGGUUCAAACAUUUACUGUGACGUUUCUUUACGCCUUACAUUACAUAUUUACUCUUACUGUCUACUAUAUGGGCUAAUACAAGAUGAAAAGCCUCAUGGAAGUACGCUAUCCAGAAAAAAGCAACAACGUGUUAGUUAGUUAGCUAGUUAGUCUAUUAUCUUAUUUAUUUAUGUCAACUAUGUCUUCUUUUCUCUGAUUAUAUCGACUAUCUUGGCUAAAAUGAAUGUAAAGCUGACUAUAGGGGUGUUAUUUCGUGUCCAGAGGGCUCUAAUCACGUUAAAAACUAUAUUAGAAGAUUGUCAACAGGGUUUCUAUGCCGUAAGUAUGAAAAUAUUUCAUUUAUUAAUAUUGAAUCUCAUAUUUAAUCACUACAACAUUGAGGGGAAAAAAAGGUCACUUUCUAAACAAAGCUGUAAUAUUAUUAAUAUAGAAGAAUAUCAUGCGAUAUCAUGAGAGGCCCUCUGUUGAAAAAGUUAGGGCACCCUGGGCUAACCGAUGGCUGGAUUAGUUGUCAAGCGUCGGAUGAACGGAUGAAGGAAAUAAUCGUUAGCUCUACUUGAAAAUCGGUGCGUUUAUGUCUACGGAGGAUUGAAUGCGAUAAAGCGAAAUACAUCGUACGUUACAUCAUGACUUACAUAAAAUUGGAAUGAAGUCUUUAAAAAAAUGUAUCAUGGAUUCAUGAAAUAAAUGACUACUCGGUCAAAUAAUGACUUCAGUGUGUCAUGAAUGCCUUCAAAUAAGGACUUAAGUGUAGAAACGUAUUUCGUGAGGUCAUUAAUGGACCUUGAUGACUUUAUGUCACCUGUCAAAUCAUCAAAGUCAGUGGGCGGGGCUAAUGCAAAUUAAAAGUCGUGGAUUGUUUUUGGUCAGAAGCCUGGAAGUCUUCGGAAACAACCCUGGACUGGUGGCCAGCCAAUCACAGGGCACAUAUAGACAAACAACCAUUCACACUCACAUUCAUACCUAUGGACAAUUUGGAGUCGCCAAUUAAGCUAGCCUUUUUUUUAGUUGGGAACUGAUAUUUUCCUGAAACUUACCUAUGUUCGACUGCUGAUUACUAAACAAUGGAAAAGGUCGGAACAAUUUCUUUCUAAUGAAAGACAGCUGUCUAUUUUACGAGGGUGGGUUUGGAACCAUUCAUUCAUUUUAUCCUCACAAGGGUUGCGGGGGUGCUGGAGCCUAUCCCAGCUGUCUUGGGGCGAGAGGCGGGGUACGCCUUGGAGGGUGGCCAGCCAAAUGUGUAGAUGUGCAAAUAUACCAGUGUACAGUGACAGUUAUGAUGUCAAUACCAACAGAACUAAAUUCAUCACAUAGCAACUUAACACCCAAAAGGUGCACCUGAUACAAAGGUGCACCCUGGACUGGUGGCCAGCCAAUCACAGGGCACAUAUAGACAAACAACCAUU